UCCCUAGUCAGUCCUGGAGCUGCUAUAGGCACACGUGAUAUACUCCCUUUCUCCCUCUCCCUCCUGUCUCCUGUUUGCUUUUGCUUUUGUGCCUUGUAAAAGAACCAUUUACAUAUACAUAGUUAGGAAUGUUGGAAUAGCUCUGUAGGAAUACAUACUUUACUACCAUGGCGCUGGUAAGUAAGUAGUGUCUCAUGUAAAGCAGUCAGUCAAGUGUGCUAAUUGACAGAACAUUGGUGAUGACUUACUUCAUGAACUAAUGCUUCAUUUCCUGCUUGGUGUAAAAUAUUGAAUUAUUUACAUCUAUUUUUCAUAAUCAAUUCUUUCACUGUUAUCUGAACCAUUUUCCUCUUAAUUAUCAACCACCAAGACAUCUUUUAUUGUUCCACAGCCACCUCUAAACACUGCAUUGGCUAGAAAUUGCAAAAUCUAUUAUCUUCAUCCCCCCCUUUUUUUUUUAAAUGUUUAUAAAGAUUGAUUGCUUUUAGGGUUCUGAGUUAUUGCAUAUUGCAGAGAAAGAGUUACAUGUUUGCCUUUGUCUCCUAAAGUAAAGUGCAUAUAAAGUCAAAUCCUUUGCAAUGAAUAGGAAAAACACUAAUUCAAGCAGCAAGUCAUCACCAAUGUUCUGACAAUUAGUGUUCAUGUGUUGUGCUUUGUCUGGGCCACCCGGAAUGUGAGUGUUGAUCUGGUAGACAUGUAAUGUCUCUGCUUGUCUUGCACUUUCACAUGAAUGAGAACAAGUUUGGAGAUAAAACUACCAUUAUUCAAGAUCAACAACAUGAAAGUAUGUGUUACAAAAUCUAAUAAUUUUAGAGAAGCAGCAGCGUGCGGGUGUGGGUGUGGCGGCUGUGGGCAGUGGGCGCCUUGCAAGAGACAGUGGAGACAUUGUUCAAAGUGUGGUUGGUGGGCAAGUUCCGGUCACCAUACAUGUGUAGAGUCUCAGUGACAGAUGGAAAGUGGUGUAUGGUUCCCUCCCUCACCCAGGCCGCAGCUCGCCGUGUUCCUGCCUGGAUGUGUCAGUAUGAUGCAUGGUGUGGUGAACACGUUUUCCUUGAGACAGCACCACCCCUCAUCACACGCCUCACUGUGCUUCUUGUUGCCUUGUUCAUAUCUUUGCUGGUGGUGUGGGCUCCACGCCUCCUCAUCUACAGACCUUCACAUCCACUACUUGUAUGGAUACGACGCCAAACUCCACGCCGUGUGCUGUUGCUGGUGGCAGUCAGUGCUGUCCUCCAGCUCACUCUUGACCAUUGCCUCCUUGCUCUCCUACUGCCACCUCGCUUCCUUCUAAGCCAUCCUGCCUCCCUGCUCUCCUUCACCAUUGCUCAGUUCCUUAUAACUGUAGCUCUGGUGAAGCAGAUCAGGCGGUCCUCACAACUUAACAUUAAUCCACACAUCCACGUCCACCACAUGACUACAAUACAAGAGGAAAGAGAACCUUUGGAGACUGCAACAUCCCGCCCAAGAGCCUCAUACCACUUGGCAAACCCAAGUUGAUGACACUCACUUUCACACCAUAACAUGUAAGGCCUUCCUUAAACAAGACUUCAAUGAGCAGAAGAGGUGAUGAAUCCCAGAUGACUGAAUUACUAUAUGUAAUGUGCAGCAGCAGUAUGAACCAUUUUGCCAUUUACUCAACAACUGUGGCUUCACUUCUAUUUCAAUCACAAGUGCCACAUAAUGACCAGAUGAUGUGUAAUGGAACACCUCCAGGAAUAUGAAACAGAUACUUCAACACUCACUAACUAUACAAUAAAGCCUCUGGAGUUA